UAAUAAAGCAGUGCUUCAAACAAACCACCCAAAUUGUAACUAUAUAAUAAAGCAAACCAACCAUUCCUCCCUUUUCAUUCUUCCUAUCUGUUUUUGUUUCUUUUCCCAGAAUUAUCAGAUCUUGGUUCUUUUUUGCCAAGAAAAUUUUCUGUAAAAAAAGCAAGAGAAAUGGAAUUCUACCGUACUUCUUGGCAUUCUUAUUUUCCCUUGCAACUUUUGUUUCCUUACCUCAAACCCAAUAAUCACGUUGAUCAGAACGAAACCCCUGAAUCUCACAUUUUCAUAGCCGAGAUCCCUGGUGUUAGAAAAGAGGAAAUUUGUGUGGAAGUUGAAGACUCGAUGUAUCUUAUUAUUCGUACAGAAUCAGCAGAUGAUACUGUGACAACCGCUGGUGGUCGGACUUUUAUGAGAAAAUUCAGGCUGCCAGAUACCAUUGAUGUGGAUGGAAUUUCUGCUUGUCACGAAAAUGGGGUGUUGACAGUUACUGUGCCAAGAUCUUUUGUUAGAAAGGGUUUUUACGUUGAACCAGCCGAUCUGCCACAGCAAAAGGAAAAUCUUGCUAGGGCUGCUUGAAUCCUUCAAACUUGAAAACUUUUGUUGAAUUUGAUAAUAUUUAAGGUGCUUAUAAUGGCAUUGUUGUGGGGAGAUAUGUUAAAUUCAUUUAGAUGUAGGGUUUAGUUGAUCGAUACAGAAAGCAACCACUAAUUGUCAAAACAUAUAUGUUUGAUAUGGUUGUCAUUCAUCUUGUGUAUGAUGGAUUUGGAAGACUAAAUGAUUGAUUAUCUAACUUCAAAUUCAAUAAGAUGACAGUUCCAAUUUACAAA